AGCCGCAGGAGAAGUCCAGACCCCCACCGGCACAGCAUGUCUUUGUCCUGGAAAAGUUGGCUCUCCAACGAGGGUGGAAAACAUCUGGUUUUGCUUUUCUGGUUGGCGAUCAACGUACUGCUCUUUUGGAAAACAUUUACUCUUUAUUACUACGGUCCGCAGUAUUAUUACUUACAUCGGAUGCUUGGGCUAGGAUUGUGCAUUAGCAGAGCUUCUGCUUCAGUCCUGAAUAUGAAUUGCAGUCUCAUCCUACUGCCGAUGUGUCGCACCGUGCUGGCAUUCCUGAGAGGAUCACAGAAGAUCAUGUGCAGAAAAGCACGAAGAUUGCUGGAUAAGAGUAAAACUUUUCAUGUGACGUGUGGCUUUGCCAUAUGUGUGUUUUCAGUAGUCCAUGUUGCAGCUCACAUGGUCAAUGCUUUCAACUUCUCUCUGCACUACAGCGAAGACUUUCCAGCCCUCAAUGUUGCUCACUAUCGGGAUGAGGAUCCCAGGAAAAUGCUCUUCACAACACUUCCAGGAGUAACUGGCUUCUUCAUGGUUCUGGUGCUUUUCCUUAUGUGUACAUCUUCUUCAUAUUCUUUACGGUUUUCAAAUUAUGAUAUCUUCUGGUAUACACACAAUCUCUUUAUAAUCUUCUACAUAUUACUUUUCCUUCAUGUGACUGGAGGUGUAUUGAAAUAUCAGGUAAAUAUAAAUGAUCACCCUCCUGGAUGUAUUGGUGCAAACAAAACUUUAGUUGAUGAUUUCCCUGUGCCGGUGUAUCCACCCAAGCAAUUUGCAGAGGGCUACACCAAACCAGAACAUGGGAUAGAAAAUAACUUGGAAAGAGUCUGCUCUGAAGCCCCAAGGUUUCGAUCUAAUGUACAAGAGACAUGGCUAUGGGUGUCUGGGCCUCUCUGUCUUUACUGUGUAGAAAAGCUGUAUAGAAUCAUUUGGAGCAAUAAACCAGCCACGAUCAUCUCUGUGAACAGCCAUCCCUCGGAUGUCAUAGAGAUACGAAUGGUAAAAGACAACUUCAGAGCAAGGCCUGGCCAGUACAUUGUUCUGCACUGUCCGAGCGUGUCAACAUUUGAGAGCCACCCCUUUACUCUCACAACGAAUCCUACAGAAAACAGAGGAACAUUUGGUGUCCAUCUGAGGGUGCUAGGAGACUGGACAGAGAGAUUCAGGGAGCUGCUACUAUCUGAACCACACCAGAAUGCAGAAAUUCUGCCCAUAUUACAGCAGAGAAAAUACCCAAAGUUGUAUAUUGAUGGUCCAUUUGGAAGUCCCUCAGAGGAAAUCUUCAACUAUGAGGUUAGCCUUUGUGUGGCCGGUGGUAUUGGAGUGACCCCUUUUGCUUCAGUACUAAACACACUAUUAUAUGACUGGAAACAAUAUAAACUCAGAAGACUUUAUUUUAUCUGGGUGUGCAGGGAAAUCCAGUCUUUCCACUGGUUUGCGGAUUUGCUGUGUACAUUACAUAACAAGCUUUGGCAGGAGAAUCGGCCAGAUUACUUGAACAUUCAGCUGUAUCUCAGUCGAACAGAUGGGAUACAGAACUUACUUGGAGAAAAAUAUCAAGCACUGAAUUCCAGACUUAUUAUAGGAAAACCUCGUUUGAAACUUCUAUUUGAAGAAAUAGCCAAGUGCAAUAAAAAAAAAUGUGUCGGAGUGUUUUGCUGUGGGCCAAGUGAACUGUCCAAGGAACUUCACAAGCUCAGCAACCAAAACAGUUCACAUGGAACCAAAUUUGAAUACAACAAAGAGUCCUUCUGCUGAACAUCACCACUUUAAAGGCUUCAGGCUUCACCACUCAAACAUGAAGUGCAAUUAUUUGGUGCUCAGUGGGACCCUUGCCUUAGCCAAUUCCCAGCAACCAAAGAGGGAGCCAUAUUGUGUCAGUGCUUAUUCAAUAGCAGUGGCACAGUUACAGAUUUAUAUUCUUGGGGUUGUGAAGUAAGUUUACCAACCAAAGCUUUGCUUCCCCAUGUUCACGGGGUGAAGGUUGGAUAUUCUGUUUAUAUGUAGAGAAUUUUACCAAAGAUUGGGAAUCUAUUCAGAUAUUAGCAAUAAUCUUUA